GACGAACAUAUUAGACAACUAAGACACCCACUUGUCACCCGACCUGAUGGUACCGAAGCUUUGGAUUUAAAGAUUGAUCUUAGCCACUACAAACCAGAGGAGAUCCAUAUCAGAACUGUCGGUCACGAACUCAGUGUUCAUGCCAAGCACGAAGACAAAACCGACCAUUCAUCUGUGUAUCAAGAAUAUUCCCGCAAAUUUUCACUUCCAGCUCACGUGGAUCCAGAGCACGUGCAGUCCAGCCUGUCAAGAGAUGGAAUAUUGAGGAUU